AUGAGCGACCUGUUCACGAGACCGACUAGAUCGUUAAAAGGCAGGACUGCCAUUGUCACAGGUGCUGGUGCCGCAGGUGAUGGAAUAGGCAACGGGCGAGCUGCAGCGAUACUACUGGCUGAGGCAGGAUGUAGCGUUGUAUGUGUAGACCUCAAGUUCGACCUGGCACAACGCACCGUCGACUUCAUCGACAAGGAUGGCUUUGGCCAGGCUGUCGCCGUAGCGGCUGAUGUCAUCAAAGAGGAUGACUGCAAGAGGACUGUGAGCACUGCUAUCGACGCAUACGGUCGCCUUGACAUUCUGGUCAACGUUGUGGGCGUUGGUGGUGCGGUCGGUACGGCUGUGGAGGUCGAUAUGGCCGAAUGGGCGAAGGGCAUGGAAAUUAACGUUGGCAGCAUGGUCCUGAUGGCCAAAUAUGCCAUUCCAGAGAUGGUUAAGAAUGACGGCCUGCAGUGCCGAGGAUCUAUUGUCAAUCUUGCAUCAGUAGCCGGGCUUCGAGGAGGCAAUCCACAUUUGUUAUACCCAACUUCGAAAGGUGCCAUUGUCAACAUGACGCGAGCAAUGGCCAGCCAUCACGCACCCGACGGCAUACGUGUAAACUGUGUCUGCCCUGGCAUGGUGUAUACACCGAUGAUGUACGCUUCCGGUAUGUCUGAACAAGCUCGCGAGUCGAGAAAAAAUCGGUCGCUGCUCAAGACGGAGGGAACGGGGUGGGAUGUGGGCGCUGCGAUUCGCUUUCUCGCUGGAGACGAAGCGAGGUGGAUGACCGGAGUCAUUCUGCCCGUAGACGCGGGUGCCACAGUCGCGACCGGGUCAGAGGUGCCGAGUGUGAAUCCAGCGCCCUCCUCUGCUGAGCCGAUGAGGGAUCAGAGAUGAUUGAUCAUCUCGUCUCUACCUGACUGAGCUACCUCUACCUUCUUGCUGGACGCACGAGUGGCGCGUGAAGCAACUGGGCAGAAAUGGACGUGACGUGACGGUGGAAAAGACGCGCCUUGAACGUGUACUCCAUUGCCUAGCGUGCCUUCCUUCGCAACAGCUCUCCAGAAAAGUCGUCCUGAGAACCUAUUCUCUUCCUCUUCUCACUCAACUCACUACCAUCCACCGACAAAACUCCCUUCCAUCGACUCACUACUUU